AUGGGCAACAUCUGCUGGAAUCUGGUCAUCCAGGUAAGCUUGGUUGUGCAAGCUCUCAGCUUUAUUGUCUUGGCCGCCCCAGCUGCAUAUGUCGACUGCCAGAUACCAUCUCCGGACCCCCUAGCCAACUGUCCUAAUGGAACAAUUUUGGUUUCUGCAUCAGGUAGCCAUGAUGCGCAAUUUAACACGAUCCAGUCCGCAAUUGACUCAUUACCUCAUGACAUGUCACAUCAAGUUAUCUUGAUUCUCCCUGGAAAUUAUGGGGAGCAGCUCAACAUCACCCGCCCUGGGCCGGUAACUUUGCUUGGCCAAACGCCUCAUCCAACAAUACAAAGUCAAAACCAAGUGCAAAUUCAUUGGGCCGCUGCUAAUGUCAACGGCCGAUACACGGACAAUGCAUUUACAGCCGUUCUAACGGUUGCACCAACCCUCGAAUCUAGUCUAACAGGUUCCGGUCCUACUGGCUAUCCAGUGCCCCCCAAUACUCCAUUUGGCUGUGUAAAAUUCAGUGCUUAUAAUAUCGACUUUCGUAACGUGUAUGCCGAAUAUGCCGCUGCCCAGUCUCUAGCUGUUAGCAUAAGUUACGCUAAUGCUGGGUUCUACUGGUGCGGCAUCUACAGCUAUCAGGACACGGUUUACGUUGGUAAGCUUGGGAAUGCUUACUUCUACCGUAAUGAGAUUGCAGGACAGGUAGACUUUCUUUACGGUUUUGGGACAGGAUGGGUGCAACAUUCCAAUCUUACACUUCGAUCUUGCGGCGGUGGCAUUACCGCCUGGAAGGGUACAAACACGACUUUCUCCAAUAAAUACGGAAUCUACAUAUCCGAUUCAUUUGUCAACGCAGCGAAUUCUUCAAUUGCAGCAUCAAUAGUUGGAAAGUGUUACCUUGGUCGACCUUGGAAUAAUCUCCACCGUAGUGUAUUUUUAAAUACCAGGUUGGAUGCAAGUAUCUCGCCAGGAGGGUACAAAACAUGGUCCGGCGGAGCCCCAUUCACGAAUGGAUCGAACUACGGUAAAGGGACCUUAAUGGCUGAGUAUGAAGAUUAUGGGCCUGGCUUCAAUACAAGUGGGCGUCUGGCCGGUAACAUUACCACGCUCUUAAGAGUUAAUCAGGCCAGACAAUAUCGGACACCCAGAGAUGUUUUUAUGACACCAACAGGCUCACAGCCGAACAUUGCUUGGAUUGAUGCCGGUUGUUAUACUUGGUAA